UCAUCAGGUUGAAGUGGAGCCUUUGUAACUCUUCAAGUAGUAUUAUCUGACUCCAGCACAGACAAAAUGUUCCCAAAGAGUGAAAAGAAGAAUCAGAAACCAGCAGACAGAUUCUCAUCUUGCAGGUGACGUUCGGUUGAGAGUUGUUGUCUUCAUUAUUAAACAGCCAGCUUCUUUGGGUUAGAAUUACUUAAGUGUUCAUCGUUAAGGAUGUUUUUACUGGGUGGUGAAUUAUCCGCAUAGGUCUCCUCCUCUCCAGAACAAACAGAGCCAGUGAUUAAAACAGGAAAAAACACUGAGUAAAGCAGUUUUCACAUGAAAAAAAUCAGUGCUUUUCUGACAAUGUUCACCAGGUACAGUAUGUCUGGUAGGGGCUGUUAGUUGAGCUGCUGCUAACGUUUGCUCAGCUUGUUUCUGUGGUAACUUAAGAUCCAGACGUUCAGCAGGGAUUUACCGGGAGCUGAAUUAUCCACAGAGGUCUCCUCUUCUCCGAAACAAACAGACCCAGUGAUUUAAACAGAAGAUGUCUGUGGACCUGUGUACCAAAUUCCCUCAUUUCAGACCAGUAAAGACAAAGACUACAGUGACCAGUGACCCUUUCAGUGUGUGCAUCUGAUUUUGAGGAGAGGUAUAUGCAGUUCCGCCAGAUCGGAGAAGAUGUCUGUGGACCUGUGUAUGCUGGUUUCCGAUCAAUUGAUUACACACCAGUCUCUCAGAUCUACAAGAUCCCUGUAGAAGUGGCACUCAUGCACAAAGCUGCAGGCGGACCGGAGUCAGUCGGGAAGUUUGCCGCUGUCUCCCUCUUAGACUGGUACUAUCUGGACCAGGAUCUUAUCUUAGUCACAGAAAGACCAGUUCCCUCUGAAGUCCUCACAACGUACCUUGAUUCCCAAGGAGGCAUUAUUGAGGAACAAGAGGCUAAGACCUUCCUGAAUCAGUUGGUGGAUGCAACUGAUGAAAUGCACCAUAAAGGUGUGUUUCACCGGGACAUAAAAUCAGACAACAUCUUGGUUGAAAUUGGCUCCAGUGUCCCGUGUGUCCGCUUGGUGAACUUUGGAUGUGGCAGUUUUGUUCAGGAGAGACCCCACCAUACUUUCUCUGGUACCCUUGCAUGUGCCCCUCCAGAGUGGUAUGUACGUGGGGAAUACAAAGCUGGUCCCACUACAGUAUGGCAGCUGGGUGCACUGCUAUACCGUUUGCUGCAUGGUUUCAGAAACAGCACCAUGGGCAUACUGUGCGGCAAAAUGCAACUCAGCAGGGACUCAGCAACAUAGCUAUCCCAAG